UGAAACCUGCGCUGUGCUGCGCUCUCGUCGUCUUCUCCUCCUCCUCCUCCUCCCAGAUCCCCAAUCCCACCUCGCGCCGCUGCUCUCCGGUGGCUCACGGGGGAGAGCGCUGUGGAGCCCUGCUGGGGUUGGGGCGGCCGCGCACGGGGGGAUCCUCCACCCAUCGGCGGGUGGGCGGCGGCGGCGUUGGCGUCGUCGUCGUCUUCCCCGUUUGGGCGGCGGCGGAGUCGGAGCUUGAGCCGGAUUCUUCUACGAGGGCGGCGAGGCGUUGGCCAGAUCCAGCCGUCACCAUCGCCGCCGCGGCCGCUGGUUCCGAAGAUUCGGGCACAUGGAGCCGCAGCGAGGGCCAUCUCCUGACCAUGGAUCAGAUGCAUCAGGACCAAAACAAUCUAGUGUUUCAUCACAUGGUAGACAUCGUAAUUCAUCGUCUUCUAUCUGUAAAGAUUUUCUCCGGAAGUUUGUGGACAAUGAACUUUUGACAUCAAGCCUAGAGGACUGGUUCUCAGGGCACAGCGAAGAUUGUGGUUUCAAGAAGCCAGCUUUUGAUGUUCCUUUUGACCUAAAUGAACUCCAGAAUUUUGACUAUGCUAUAGAAGGUGUUACUUUCCAGCAGCUAGUACGGAUGCCAAAUGCUCUUCAUGCCUCAACAUCAGAUAUUUUCGAAGCUACUGCACAUCUUGCUUUGGAAGAUUUUCUACAUGCAAGUAUUAAGGGUUUGUGGGAAACUUUCUGGGGCCCUGAUGAAUCGAUGCCUUUCUCUGUUGCCUGUAUACACAGCACAAGCCCCAAAUUUUAUCCUGCUGAGAAGGCCAUUAGCAGUGGGAAACUUGAUGGUGUUUGCGCGACAGCUGUAUUGCUGAAGAAUCUAAAGCAUUCACAAGGAAGGUGGGAUCAUAUUGUUGUACUGGCUUUGUUGAGACCUGAUAUUGGAAUGUUUUCAGGGCAGAAUGACCAACAACCAUCUCCUGCUGUCUUGGGGGAGGCGCUAUUCUUUGCCUUGCGUGUUCUACUUUCUCGAAGCCUUAGCAGGUCCUCGACAGUUCUUCAAAAUUCAGAUUGUGUUUAUGUCCUUCUAGUUGAUUCACAGUUUGGAGUAGUAGUAAAUGUCCAAGGUGAUCUGAACAAACUUGAUUUUGAUUUGAACAAUGUGUAUGACUCUGCUGCUGAGUGGAUAAAAAAGCAUGCACAAAUCACAGUUUCUUCCAUAGACCGUGUAUGGAACAAACUUGGGAAUGCUAACUGGGGUGACAUUGGGACCCUUCAAGUUCUCCUCGCAAUUUUCCACUCAAUGAUCCAGUUCUGUGGUGCACCAAAGUAUUCUCUUGAUGAACUAGCUACAGAGCACAGUUCUCGAUUACAGAGUCGGAGAUCAGAAAGGCACUUGGUUGGCAGGCAAGCUAAUGCAAAUGGUUUGUUUCGGUUCCAGCAACAAAGUCACUCUCCGGAAAUCGUAGAAGUACAAGAAGAGGGAGCUGUUAAUGUAAAACCAAAGGAAAUUUUGAAGCUUGAGGUAGGAUCUGUUGUGUUGAUGGAGGAUGCUGACUGGCAGAAGAGCUUUCAAAUCAAUGAUAUUCUUACAGACAGUGAGCCUCCUAUCUAUAGUGCUACUCCUGUAGAAGAGCCCACCAAAACCUAUCUGUUGUAUGUAGGCUCUAGCCCUUCUCAUUUGGAGCCAGCAUGGGAAGAUAUGAAUUCCUGGUACCAGGUUCAAAGGCAGACCAAAGUACUUACUUUGAUGAAGCAAAGAGGCAUUUCAAGUAGAUAUAUCCCACAGUUGGUUGCUUCUGGACGUGUUGUCCAUCCAGGCCCUUGUAACAAGCCUAACUCUAGUGGGAGUUGUGGUCAUCCAUGGUGCAGUACUCCAAUACUUGUCACCUCGCCAGUUGGUGAAACCAUCUCAAAUCUGAUAAGGAAUGGACUGUUUUGUGUUGAGGACGCUCUGAGAUGUUGCCAUGACUGUUUGUCUGCACUUGCUGCUGCAUCAUCUGCAGGAAUCCGUCAUGGUGAUAUCCGGCCAGAGAAUGUGAUCCGUGUGAGCAAUGGUUCAAGGCAUCCAUACUUUGUACUUAUUGGAUGGGGUCAUGCAAUCCUAGAAGACAGGGAUCGGCCGUUAAUGAAUCUAUUUUUCUCAUCUACGUUUGCUCUCCAGGAAGGCAAGCUAUGUGCAGCAUCUGAUGCUGAAAGCUUAAUUUAUCUUUUAUAUUUCUGUUGUGGUGGAGUUUGCCCAGAGCUUGACUCAGUUGAAGGAGCACUUCAGUGGAGGGAGACAUCAUGGUCAAGGAGAGUUAUACAGCAGAAGUUGGGUGAUGUUUCAGCAGUGCUGAAAGCUUUUGCAGACUAUGUUGACAGCAUUUGUGGAACCCCAUACCCGAUGGACUAUGAGAUAUGGCUGAGAAGGUUACGAAGAACAAUCAAUGAAGAUCAUGGCAAGGAGAUUGAUACAUCAAGUUAGUACUGCAGCGCAUGUUAGUGCGGAAGUGUGAUAUGGAAGAUCAAGAAUGGUCGUUCCAUACCCUGUAUUGUUGUUGUAGAUAAUUUAUUUGCAUGUCUCGUAAAAGGUCCAUAACUUAGUACCCCCCCCCCCCCCUCCCUCCCAUCUCGCUCCAUUUCAUCUAAAGAGUAUUUCUAUAGUCAAAAUCUGCUGCUGAUAUCCUCAACUUGGAUUUCUGACAAUGGUAUUGCCUUCGCACAAGACUGCAGUAGAGAUCUUCUGAGGAUAUCUGCAACAUGAUUUGUUUUGGUGAGUGCUCCUCUCAAGUCCUUGCUUUUCUUCGGAUCUCAAAGUGUGUGGUAUAGUUGAUCAAUUUUUGGUCCUUUUACCUUUUCGAAUUUGUUCCAGAAUGGAUUUGUGAUUAUUAGAGGUGGUGUGUGGCAGAGUAGCAUUUUGUUCUGACUAAAUUAUUUUGCGGGUGCAAUGUUGCAAGUGCGCCUAGUUCUUGUAAAUGUUGUUCUUGUUCAGCUGUACAAACUUCAAUCCUGCUAGGGCUGCAA